AGAGAAGGGUCGACUCGUAGCCGAGUUCAGGCGGCUUCGCGGGCAGGGAGGGGGGAUUGCGAGCGGGCGAUGCUUCGAAGGAGAACGGCUCUCUCCGGGGGGGAGUAGCGCGGGAAACGGCACUUCGGAGUCCCGUUCCUGAGUUUCAGACCUCUAUAAUGUGACAGCUGAGGUUGCCAUGUCUGCUCUGUGUCCUCCUCCUUCUCCUGCAGUUGCUAAGACAGAGAUUGCAUUGAGUGGAGAGUCACCCUUACUGGCUGCUACCUUUGCGUACUGGGACAAUAUCCUUGGUCCUAGGGUGAGACACAUAUGGGCCCCCAAAACUGAGCAGCAGCUUCUCAGUGAUGGCGAGAUAACGUUUCUUGCAAACCAUACGCUGAAUGGAGAAAUCCUUCGCAAUGCUGAAAGUGGUGCAAUUGAUGUGAAGUUUUUUGUUUUGGCUGAGAAAGGCGUCAUUAUCGUCUCCUUAAUUUUUGACGGGAACUGGAAUGGGGACAGAAGUACAUAUGGACUAUCAAUAAUACUUCCACAAAGUGAACUUAGUUUCUACCUCCCCCUUCAUAGAGUAUGUGUUGACAGACUGACACAUAUUAUAAGAAAAGGAAGGAUAUGGAUGCAUAAGGAAAGGCAAGAACAAUACCAGAAGGCUGUAAUGGAAGGCACAGAGAGAAUGGAAGAUCAGGGACAGAGCAUAAUUCCAAUGCUGACGAGUGAAGUUAUUCCAGUAAUGGAACUCCUUUCAUCUAUGAAAUCACACAGCGUUCCAGAAGAAGUAGAUAUAAGAGAUACAGUGCUUAGUGAUGAUGACAUUGGAGACAGCUGCCAUGAAGGUUUCUUGCUUAAAGCCAUCAGUUCGCACUUGCAGACCUGUGGCUGUUCAGUGGUUGUAGGAAGCAGCGCAGAAAAGGUCAAUAAGAUAGUGCGGACGCUGUGCUUGUUUCUUACUUCUGCAGAACGGAAGUGUUCUCGACUCUGCAGAAAUGAAACCUCUUUCAAGUAUGAGUCAGGCCUGUUUGUGCAAGGAUUGCUCAAGGAUGUGACCGGAAGCUUUGUGUUGCCUUUCCGUCAAGUAAUGUAUGCUCCAUAUCCUACCACACACAUAGAUGUGGAUGUCAACACAGUAAAACAGAUGCCUCCAUGUCAUGAACAUAUCUAUAACCAGCGACGAUACAUGAGAUCUGAACUAACAGCAUUUUGGAGAGCUACUUCCGAUGAAGAUGUGGCCCAGGAUACCAUUAUCCACACAGAUGAAAGCUUCACUCCUGACUUGAAUGUUUUCCAAGAUGUUCUGCACCAAGAUACUCUGGUAAAAGCCUUCCUCGAUCAGGUAUUUCAUUUGAAACCUGGAUUGUCUCUGAGGAGUGUAUUCCUUGCCCAGUUCCUCUUAGUCCUUCACAGAAAAGCCUUAACUCUCAUCAAGUACAUAGAAGAUGACACGCAGAAAGGUAAAAAGCCUUUUAAAUCUCUCCGGAACUUGAAGAUUGAUCUGGAUUUAACAGCAGAGGGCGAUCUUAACAUAAUAAUGGCUUUAGCUGAGAAGCUCAAACCUGGUUUACAUUCGUUUCUCUUUGGCCAACCUUUCUACACUAGUGUGCAAGAACAUGAUGUCCUAAUGGCAUUUUAAAGUCAUUUUCAGCAUGGGGGUUUUGUAGCUCCAUAGCACUUUUUGGAGAUAAAGGGAAUAGAGUAUUUCUCUUUCCAAGCUUACAUUGUUGUCCAGUGAAUCUGCAUGUGAGGUGACAUUAUGACUUGUCGAAAAAAUGGAGAGGAAGUGCUGUUUGGGGUCAAGUCACUUCAAUUUAGGUGCACAUCUAAGAUUCUGUGUUAUUUAUACUGAGAGUAAAUAUGAUGACAAUUGGUUUGAAGGUGAAUUUAAUGGGGAUUUCAAAGCCACAAAAGAAGGAACAUUUUUAAUGAAUUUAUCCCUUGAUCUUCUUUUGUUGGAUGAAAUGGUAGAUUUGUCCCUUGCUUGUUUCAGGAUUUUUAAUUGCAAAACAAAUACAGUUUAAAGGUCACUGCUGUCAUGACAUAUGAAAGUAGGUACAGUGCCAUUUCUAUAUUCUUCUUCAUAUAUCCUUCAAUGGCCACUAGAAAUCAGUGGAGACAUCUCAGCAUUUAAACAGAAAUAAGCAACUGAAUUCUUACUGCAAGCAGAAUUGGACUGAUCCUGCAGAAUUCUGUUUUUAGGCUGGGCACUGUAUAUCUUGUUUCUGUAUACACAAUACUAAGCAAGGAUAUUCUGUUGCUGCUUAAGGUGGGCUAUCAUGGGUGUUGUAUUGCCUAAUGACUUACACUGCUUCAGUGAGUCAGAGGACAAAAUAGGAAAGUUAGGUUUUGUGCCAAGCUUUCUCCAAGGAGCUGUGAAGGAAAUGCCAAACACAUCCCGGACUAGUGAUUCUCAAAUGCAUGUCAUCCAGAUACUUGGGAUUUCAUUUAGAGAAUUGAAUGGAAAAGAUUGUGCAGCCAAAGAAUGAGAGUGACUGUCCAAAAACUCAUUUGCUCCUGAGCUUUUUGGGUGGGUGGUGGGGGAAUAGCUAUAACCGAACUUGAAGGAAAGAUGGUGGGGGUGGCAGAAUUUCAGUUCACUACUAUGCCUGCCAUUAAUGCAGCAUAUUUGCAUCUCGCCUACUUUUUUUAUGCUGAAAAAGAAAAAAAAGUCGAUGCCAUUCCCCUGUUUCCUUGCUGCUUUUCAUAUUGUUUCAUGUGGAACAAAUCUAUUGGUUGUAGUCUCAGUGGCUCACAGAGGGGUUAAAAAGAAAACCUGCCAGCAUUCUAAGAUGCUGAUGCUGUGUGACAUAUUGUACUGAAUGCUUCAGUGUUAAUUGCUGUCUUUUUAUUUAUUCAUUUGUUGCAUGUUUGUUUGCCAAAUUCAGGGAUUUUUCUUUUAAGUGCAAUAUUUUAUGUUACUAUGAGAUUUGGGCAUUGCAUGUUGAAAGACAUCUCUGAACGCAUCAUGUCACAGGGUUUCCUGGGCAUUCCGUAACAUGAACCUUUAUUUCCUUAGAAUUUUUCUGUGAUCUAAUGUGUGUGAAUCAUUUGUGAUGGCUCAGAGGAGCAUACAGAGUUCUGGAGAAUUUUCCCAUUUCACUUACCCAUCUCGAGAAUCUUUGCAUGCCAAUCUUCCCCUGUUAGUAAAAUCAGCCGGGAACUUAUGAAACUCAAAGUCCAACAUGUCCCCCAAAUGAUGGAUGGGAACAUUAAUUUAUUAAAAUGUGGAGGUACCAUAUCGAAACACUAAAUGUUCUUUACAAAAACGGGAAGCUGAGAGUUAGCCCUGUGGGGAAGGAACAAGAAAGAAAGAGAUAACAGGAAUCAGAUUGAAAGGAGAACUUGUACCCUUUUACUUAACUGUAGAAUAGGGACAGGGGUAUGUAAGAAGACAUGAUUAAAACGUAUGUCUCAGUGAAUGGCAUGAACUCUGGUGGUCUCACAAUAUUGCAAAAGACAAGUCACAAACAGCACUACUUUUGAGAUUAACAGUUGCAACUUGAGUAUAGUAAGUUACAACUAGAGUAGUUCCAUUUGAAUCAAUUGAACUUAUGUAGGAGUUGACUCACCAAAUCACCAUUGAUUCCGUGUGAUUUAUUACACUGAGCAACAGGAUUUCAGUCAGUGAGUAGGAUAAUUAUUGCUGCCACAAUCUAGUAGCAAAACAAAUUCCAUGUGUAUGCUUACUAUUGCACAGUACGUUGUGAUGGUAGAAAAGUUCCUUAAUUUUUCUUGUGUGGUUUUACAUGGUUUUAGAUUCUUGUGUGUUUGCUAGUGAGGUUGCCACACACCAGCCACAUUAUUGAAUCAUAUGCCUAAUUGAGGGUUGAUGUGUUUGACAAAUACCACUUGCAGUACUAAGAAGAGAAGUAUGUUGCCUGAAAUACACAAUAAUGUCCACUUGUUUCAAUAUGAAAUGUCUGGAAAACCUGCUCCAAAUGUUGAUGCAUUUUUGUCAUGCAUGCAGAGCAUAAUAAAAGACGAAUACCUCCUCA